AUGAUUUUCACAAAUCAUAUGCGAGUCUUUAUUUCUCGCGAGACUUCGGGCACUUGUGAACUUGCAUUGUUUCUGAUCUUCACUCUAACACCUCCACGAGUGCUCGUGAUGUCCAUAGCGCAGGCUAGGUCGGUUGUCAUUUUCUCCUCCCGUUUGCUCAUCAGGUGUAUGCCUGCCCUCUCAUGUCCUAUGGAGGCCAGGAUUCCGACGAUCGCUAUGGACUUGCAAGCCUUCUUUGCAGGAUUCUUCAUUCUCUAG